AUGGCAGGGUUACGGUGGGUCUUGCUGUUAUAUGCGCACGCGGCCGCGAUGGCGUCGAAGCCGCGGAGCGUUAACCUCGCUCUGGAGACGACGUUCGAGUUCAACGAGAAAAAGGACAUGGCGCUGAUAAAAAACGUGCGCCAGUUCCUCAACAGGAUCGAGAGCAACGUCGAGAGGAAGCUAGCCGCGCGCGAGCGGCCCAACGAGACGAGCUACCCGUUCACGGAGUUCCUGCGGGACCUUAUCUCGGUCCUGAACUCUUACGAGGACGACGACUUCCGGGGCGUGUUCAAAGCGCUCCACCACGUGGUGAGCACUCACAGGGGCGGGGGCGGGGUGAACGGAGUAAUCGACAGCUCGCUCAGGCCCGCCCUGUUGGACGCGCUGAAGAGGAGUAUCGAAACACCGGUGCGGCUGCAGAAGGAGCGCUUGAGCAAGCUGUCGUUUGUUCUGCGCAGUGCGGACAGGUCGCACGCGAGCUUCGUGAACUUCCUCAACCUGCUGUACAAGGGCAAGCCGGCGUCGGGGCUGAGGAGGAUCCUGAGGGGCUUCAGGCUGUUCCGACGGCGGACGGGCAGCGAGAACUUGCGCGAGUUGGUCCGCGACGCCGUGGAGUAUUUGGUGUACGCGCAUUACGCCGGCUUGGACGCGAGCGUCCGCCGCGACGUAGGCGCGUGGCUGCGGACGCUGCUGAAGGAGCCGACCGCUGGCCGGAGCAAGCUCGGGACCGCUAAACCGCUGGCGAGGCAGCGGCUGAGCAGCGCGAAGAGAGCCAGCCGGCACACCUUCGUCACGCUAUACCCCGAGGCGAUAGACCUGAACGGGAUGACGCAGAGCGCGGCCGCCCCGUGGAAGGAGAUCACGGUGCCGAAUAAAAAUCGCUUCUAUUUGGUCAAGGGCAAACGGAGGUCGUGGAAGGGAACCGGCAACGGGGACGAGUCGAGCGGGUCCAGUUUGGAGAUAGCGACGGUUAGGAACUCAUCAACGACAGCAUCACAAGGGCGUAGAGAACGGCCAACAGAUACAACGUUUAACCCUCGCAAAGCUUUCGCCGCGAAACCUUCGUCACGCCGAUUGGGUCAAAGCCACCGGGGCGUUAACUCGAGCGAUCCGUCCGCGGUGACAACCCUAGCGAAUUGCAGCGACUUGACCUCCGUGAGCUAUUUAGAGCGAAUAAAGCACCUCGAGGAGCAACUCAGCGAGAUGAAGAGCGAGCUGAGGGCCAAGGCGUCUGCGAACUCAGUAGGGACCGACACGCCCCCCAUCGACCAGUACGACUACCCGGACGACAAGGCGGACUCGAAGCGUUUCGCGACGGUCGCAAAUAACGCAUCGGACGAGACGAACUCAACCGAAACCGUGGAAGCUGAUGCGGUGUUCAGGACCGAGGGCAAUUCAAGCAGCAUCCCGCUGGGCGACAGCCCCCUGUCGACCGAGAUCAAAGAGUUCCUAAAGAAGCAACCGCGGCUCCUCGAUGUGCAGCGCGCCAACCAUUCGACCACCGUCAGCGUUACUGAACACGAAGCGGCCGAUAAGAGUGCGGACGAAGGAGACACCGUAGCCACCACUGAACACGGAGUGGCCGAUAAGAGUGCGGAAGACGCGACUACGGUUGCCGGCACCGCUGCGGAAACAGCGCACGGGAAACAGCAACACAACCAGACGCCAUCAGACACAACCGAAGCGACCAAAGUGGUGAACGGAACCCAGCUAACUACCGUCGCAAGCCUCGCGAACAACGCUACGCUGUACUUCGACCCGGCAAUCAAUCUGAUCCGG